AUGUCGAAUCUUGUCGAUGCCUACGAUGUCAUUAUCAUCGGAGCCGGGUUGUCCGGAUUGUGUGCCGCCAGAUGCAUUCGAGACAGAUGCCCAGCUGUCAACUUCAAAGUGAUGGAACAAUCCACAAAAGCGGGUGGUCAACUGGAUGGCUUCAAGUCGCGGUGGAUUACAUCGAAUAACUUCCACGCCACUGAGCUAUGUCGAGAGCUCGGUGUAGUACUUGUAGAAAUGGGACAACUAGUGCCGAAGCAUUCCGAUUGUGAUUUAUCUGGACUGCAGGACAUAACGCCUUUUCCCGGACAUCUAUUUGGUACGUUGAGUAAAAUUGAAAGUGAACAACUAGUGGCGGAAUUCGAUUCACUCUGCUCCAGUCGAUUCGUCAUUGAGGACCCAAUGAAUAUGGAUGUAUUUUUGGAGAGAAAAUUGUUGCUGAAUGCCUCAAAGGAGUUCUUUCGAUUUUUGAUCAAAAUAAACUGUGGUUUUAGUGCGGAAGAAUUGAGCGUGACGGAUUGGAUAAAGUUUUGCCGGUCACUGUCGUCAACUAGCAGUGCCUAUGAGAUGCUUACAAAAAGCGAUACUCAUCUGAUACCCAUUGAAGGAUGGUCUGAAUUAGUGGCAAAGCUGGUCGAAGCAGUGGGAAUUGAAAAUAUAACAUUUUCGAAUAAAAUAACUCGAGUGGAAUACAGUAGCGAGGAUUUUGCCUUGGUAUGGGACGAAAAAGGACGUUGUUCAAUGGCUAAGACGGUUAUCUGUGCUGUUUCAUGUAAUGAGCUGAUUCGAAUCGAUUUUAUCCCGUUUCGUCCAAUAUGCUUUAAAGCACCAAAUUCAACAAGCAAUUUCACACAUGUGACCAAUUUCAGAACGCAAUAUCAGUCAUGUCUCUGGCGAAAUCAUCAUUAUUCUGGUACAUUGUUUCGACCAUCCUUUCGGAUAAUAUGUUUCGAAAAAGAUAACCAAACUCUGGAAGGUUCAUUUUUUCACUUGGCAAAUUUAAAUGAUUACGAAAUCAAAUGUGCUAUUCUUAAUAUCAUUAGCUUGAGCUUCGGCUGUCGUAGUCUCUUAUAUCCGAACACCUUUGAGAUGGCUCGCCAAGAAUUGCCGUUCCAUUUUGAAGUUCCAGUGGUGUAUAGUCGGAGAUUAAUUUUUUCUUCUUCAAACGCAAGCUGUUGGUAUCGAGGAUUCAAUAAUGGAUCCGUACAGGCAGGAAAUAAAGCUGCCAUUUUGGCACUCUUGGAAGUGCGACCACAGAGCGUUUCAUACAAGGAUGUCACUGACACGCAAUGUGUAUUAUUCAAAUACUCACAUCAGUUGUCUACAGGCAAACGCUUUUGGAGAACCAUCAAUUUUUCGAGUGUUAGUCGAUUUGCUGCUGCUUUUGCUACAUUAGCUGCUUCACUAAAAGUAAUACUUCAAAUGGGCAAAAACCUCUCUGGAUUGAAUGAACUCGAAACCGAGUAA